AGGUGCCCAGAGCUCUGGCUGCGGCCGAGGCGGGGGGUGGUGCUGAGCACACACCUCUGCUGGAGCAGGACGAGCAGCUGGAUGUGCUCGAGCGCCUCGACUUCGUGCUGAGGAACAUCUCAGAGCUGAGAAGAGAAGUGGAGGAGCUGCGGAGCAGCUUGCAGCACUUGGCUGCAGAAAUCGUUGGGGAAGUCAGGUGCCACCUGGAGGAAAGCCAGAAGGCAGCUCGCCGGAGGCGGUUCCCGUUCUCGAGGGACAGAAGGGAUUCCACAGGCUCCAGCUCCAUCUACUUCACUGCCAGCUCAGGAGCAGCCAACACGGACGAUGGGGAAAGCGAAGGAGGGUACAGCACGGCCAACGCCGAGUCCGAUUACGACCGGGAGUCCGAGCGGGAGAGCGUGGAGGGGGAGGAUGAAGUGAGCUGUGAGACAGUGAGGACUGUGAGGAGGGACUCCCUGGACCUCCUCAGCGAGGAGGAAACACAUCUCCUGUCAGAGCCCUCGCUGGCAGAGGGGCUGGGUCAGCUCCUGCAGCAGGCUGACCGCCUGCACCGCGGCGACGAGCAGCAGAGGAGGGAAGGAUUCCAGCUGCUGCUGAACAACAAGCUGGCGUAUGCAGAGCAGGAGCAGUUCCUGUGGCGCCUGGCCCGGGCCCGGGGGGACAUGUGUGACAUCACAGAGGACCCGGAGGAGAGGAGGUCCUAUGCUUCUGAAGGGAAAAUGGAAGUCGCCUUGCAGAAAUGGGACCAAAGUGCUGAGUGCCAUCAGUGGUUUGCCAUCCUGUGUGGGCAGCUGGCUGAGCAGGAGAGCAUCCAGAGGCGCAUCCAGACCGGGCACCUCUUCAAGGAGCACAUUGAUAAAGCAAUUGAGCUGAAACCAGAGGAUCCGCAGUCUUACUAUCUCCUGGGGAGGUGGUGCUACCAGGUUUCCCAUCUGGGAUGGCUUGAAAAAAAGACAGCUUCUGCUUUGUUUGAAGCCCCCCCCACGGCUACGGUGCAGGACGCGCUGCAGAACUUCCUACGGGUUGAGGAACUGAGCCCAGGCUUUUCCAAAGCAGGAAGAGUCUACAUUGCCAAGUGUUACAGGGACCUGGGGAACAACACUGCAGCUGUUCUCUGGAUGAAUCUCGCUUCAGAGCUGCCAGUUAACACAAAAGAGGACGCGGAGAGCGAGCGGGAGCUGGCGGAGCUGCGCGCGGGCACCCAGCAGUAG